AUGAAUCCCCAAACGCCUCCCGAAAUAGCGGCCCCAGAAGCUUUGCCACUACGGUUGGAAAUUGCAUCUCUUCAGGGUCAUGAAGCUUUCAGAUUCUUUCAUGUCCGCGAAUCCCACAUAAACCCCUUUGAAGAGAUACCGUGUUCCCCGAUACCUCAGUAUCUUAAGGAUAAUAUUGCUAGGAUCUACCAUGUAACGAACGCUGAAACCUAUUUGGAAACUGCGGCAAUCUCCCGCACUAUACUUGAUCAACUCCUUAUCUGGUGUUUAUACGAAGAGGGCCAGAUACCAGCUCAGGAACACGAACAACCCGAAAAUACCAACGGCUCGGCCUCCCCCCACCUCCCUACGGAAGAAGACCCAGCCAAGCUCGAGCUUCUACACGAUAUGCCGUUAUCAAAGGUUGUUAGGCAUGAAGGAGAGACUAAAUUGUUAUCAGAAUUUGCUGAUUACAGUGUGUGGUACGACCGAGCAGCAAAAAAGACACUAGCAACAAAUCUUGUAAUUUUAGGCUCCAAACGUUACCCUUGCACAGAUGCCGCCUUGCCGCAACUUAGGUGCUAUAUGGGAAUUAUCCACUCUACACGCAAGGAGGAGUCGAAGGAGAAUUGUGUAGUAUAUGGUGCUGUAUCUGAUGGGAAGACCUUCCGCUUCUGCCGGAUCGAUAACGACGGCUUCUACGGUCAGAGUUGUCUUCUAGAGUGGAGAUCUCAAAAGCAUCAAGAUCAAAUAUAUUCUAUUGUACGGUUCUUUCUCCGAGAAGCAGCCCUUUCAUCGCCAAGUACGACUCCAAUAAAGGAUCCUAUGAGGAGAAGAAUAGUUCUCUCGUCAUUCGGCAAACCAAAACCUCCUGAAACGUUUGACAGCAUCCCGUGGACGGUUUAUUACGAAGAUGAGUUGGACUCCGACUGUGAAAUCGUCGACCUCAAUUGGCAACAAUGA